GGCGCUUUUUAGUCCACCUUCAUCGGAGAAGUUUCAUUUUCUUGUAUUGUAAUACUGUAUGUAGCUGGUGGUGAAGGAGAACCUAUCAGUCAUAACUUAAAUCUCAUUCCCAUUCAAAUUCAACGAAACAAACCUCUCUGUCUCUCUAAACUCUCGAUCUGAGAGGGGUUGAUUUCUAUUAUAGAUGGCUGCUCCACCUGCGAGGGCUAGAGCUGACUACGAUUAUCUCAUCAAGCUUCUAUUGAUUGGCGACAGCGGUGUGGGUAAGAGUUGCAUUCUUUUGCGUUUCUCAGAUGGUUCAUUCACCACCAGUUUUAUCACCACCAUUGGCAUUGAUUUUAAGAUAAGAACCAUUGAGCUUGAUGGAAAACGGAUCAAGCUCCAAAUUUGGGAUACAGCUGGUCAGGAGCGGUUCCGAACAAUUACAACUGCUUACUACCGUGGAGCAAUGGGAAUCUUGCUGGUUUAUGAUGUGACAGAUGAAUCAUCCUUCAAUAACAUUAGGAACUGGAUUCGCAACAUUGAACAACAUGCUUCAGAUAAUGUUAACAAGAUUUUAGUAGGGAACAAGGCUGACAUGGAUGAGAGCAAAAGGGCAGUGCCUACCUCUAAGGGCCAAGCACUUGCUGACGAGUAUGGUAUCAAAUUUUUUGAAACUAGUGCAAAGACAAGUCUAAAUAUUGAGGAAGUUUUCUUUUCAAUGGCAAGGGAUAUAAAACAAAGGCUUGCUGAUACUGAUUCGAAGGCAGAGCCUGCAACGAUCAAGAUUAAUCACUCUGCGGCAGGUGGGGAAGGCCAAGCUGCCCAAAAAUCAGCUUGCUGUGGUUCUUAAGAAAAGCUCAAUUUGUUUGAGUGGAGGCAAGUCCUGGCGUAAAACAUGGAAAAGGGAAAUGGUAGACGAAAAACAAAAGAACUAAUUGUGAUUGAUACUAUGAUGGGUGCUUGUAAUUUUUCUUGCGUCAUUCUUUGAAUCUUGCUUUGGUGUGAGUGAAAUGUAGUUUUUAAUUAUUGAGCAACGGUUCUUUGUACCUUCUGACUGACACAAUUUUCUUUUCGUUUCUUCUUCCA